CUACCAGUCGAACGUACCCAUUAAUGUCAAUGAAUGAGAUGCAUUCUGGGAUAGUGUCAUGGCAGCUCGCUUGUUUGUUCUACCUUGUACCCUUCUGAGCUAAGCGCUCUUGUUCUUGGAAUUGUGCUACCUUUCCGUGAAAAGGUCUAAAAAUAUGUUUCACUUACUUUGUAACAGAGUAAGCAAUACUGCACCGGUGCGCCCCCUCUACUCCCGCUUGAAUAAAACACAGGAUAUUUGGAGACAGCCACGAUUACGGCUGUACACAUCACAAUGUGUCAGCGCAGGCAAAGCCUCUGGACAGCCUAGUAAUAUUGCUGGACAUAUCUGGGGUCUGGCUCAAAGAACAGUCCGCCAAUCUUCCUGCAGGAAAAUACGAUUGCCAUGGGGGGGGGGGCUUCAGUUUAUCUUGGGGCCACUGGUUCUUACUCUCUCUGCUCGCUUACUUGGCAAUGUAGCAUAUUGCCAAGCAGAUGUAAACAACAACAUUCUACUGGAGCUUCAAGCCAAAGAAACCGAGCCUGAAUUUGACUGGAAUAUCCUGUGGGAGUUUGUCAAACCCCAGUUGUUUAGCCUUCUUGGUGCUGUUGUGCUUGCUUUUGGUGCUGCAAUCUUGAAUAUUCAAAUUCCUCUGAUGCUGGGCAAUCUGGUGAACAUAGUGGCACGUUACAUGAGAGAACAUACUGGAGAUUACAUGAGAGAGAUGAGGGGACCUGCUCUGAAGUUGCUGGGAUUGUAUGGUCUACAAGGUCUGCUGACUAGUGGUUACAUCAUCCUCCUUUCCAGGGUAGGGGAGCGAGUAGCAGCAGACAUGAGGAAGACACUUUUUCAGUCUUUACUAAGGCAAGAUGUAGCCUUCUUUGAUGCCAACAGGACUGGCAUGCUAGUGAACCGUUUGACUGGUGAUAUUCAGGAGUUCAAGUCCUCUUUCAAACUGGUCAUCUCUCAGGGCCUGCGGAGUGUAACUCAGACGGUUGGGUGUUUCGUGUCUCUCUAUCUCAUCUCUCCUAAACUCACUGGUAUGACAGUGGUGAUACUUCCCUGCCUAGUGGGUGCUGGGGCUCUGAUUGGCUCAUUCCUUCGCAGGCUGUCUCGAUUGGCUCAGGAACAGGUAUCAAAAGCUACAGGGGUGGCGGAUGAGGCCCUUGGCAAUGUGCGGACAGUGAAAGCCUUCGCUAUGGAGGAGCGAGAAAUGCAGUUAUAUGCCUGGGAAGUGGAUAAGUCUUGCGAAAUGAAUGAAUCUUUAGGCUCAGGGAUAGCUGUUUUCCAAGGAAUGUCAAAUAUAGUCCUGAACUGCAUUGUUUUAGGCACAAUUUUUGCUGGUGGGUCUUUGAUGGCGGGUGAUGAAAUGUCUCCAGGUGAACUCAUGUCUUUCUUGGUGGCUUCACAGACGGUUCAGAGGUCACUGGCCAGCAUCUCUAUCCUGUUUGGCCAAAUGGUGAGAGGCCUGAGCUCUGGGGCACGUGUUUUCGAGUACCUGUCUUCGGAGCCUAGCAUUCCACUUUCAGGGGGAGGCCGUAUUCCUGCAAAGUCCCUGACAGGACGGGUGGACUUCAUGAAUAUCACUUUCAGUUACCCAACAAGACCUGGCCAACCAAUCUUGAAAAACUUCAACCUCAUCAUCCCCCCCUGUAAGACUGUUGCUAUUGUUGGAGAGUCAGGAGGAGGAAAGUCCACCGUGGCUUCUUUGCUAGAGCGCUUCUAUGACCCCAGCAGUGGUGUUAUAAUGUUGGAUGGCCUGGAUAUCCGGACCCUGGACCCAUCAUGGCUCAGAGGACAAGUCAUUGGAUUCAUCAGUCAGGAGCCUGUUCUGUUUUGCUCCUCCGUGAUGGAAAACAUUCGCUUUGGUAAGCCAGAGGCCACUGAUGCUGAGGUAAUCCAUGCUGCCAAGCAGGCCAACGCCCACCGCUUCAUCACAGGCUUUCCAGAUGGAUACAACACAUUGGUUGGUGAGCGAGGAGUGACUAUGUCCGGGGGCCAAAAGCAGCGUAUUGCCAUUGCUCGCGCCCUCAUUAAGAACCCCAGCAUCCUGAUCCUGGAUGAAGCCACCAGUGCCCUGGAUGCAGAGUCGGAGCGGGUGGUGCAGGAGGCUUUGGACAAGGCCACAAUAGGACGCACCGUGCUCAUCAUUGCCCACAGGCUCAGCACCAUCCAGAGGGCCGACCUCAUCUGUGUCAUGAGCAAUGGGCGCAUCUUAGAGGCUGGAACUCACAUUGAACUGCUUAGCAAAGGAGGGCUGUAUGCUGACCUGAUCCGCAGACAGAGAUCAGAGGGACAGAAGUGAACACUACAGUACAUUCAUAAAGCACAGGGCUGUAGGCCUACAGCCUUUGUCUAGAAAGGAAAAGAUAUCUUGUAUCAUGUUUAGUCACAAGAUUCAUGUUGGUGUAGAAAAGAAAUAUGAUAUUUAUACAAUCCAAAUGUAUGGGUGGACCAACUAAGUCUUAUUUUAUUGUGGUCCAAGGCUUUGGAAAUUACAGGUGUUUAUCAUUUGUUGUUAAUAGGAAGAUUAUUCUAAUUGUACAGUAUUUCAAUGUUUUUAAACUGUCCUGUAUAAAUGAGUAUAUUUUGCAA